AUGAAGUGUAGCCUACUCUUGCUGCUGGCGCCGCUCAAAGCCUGGACUCGACAAUGUGUCUGCGGAUAUGCAAAUCAAGAUGCGUGCGCUUCUGCUCUGGCGGAGCGGGCAGACACGUAUACAGGCGUCGCUUCCAAGGUACAACCAGGUAGCACAUGUAAGCGCUCAGAAUCUGCUGCUGCUGCUGCUGCUGCCCUCCCGAAUGGGAAGCAGACCGGGCCGCAGGAAUAUCCAUUCAUAGCCGCGGUGGUAUACAAACCUGGGCAUCAGAGAAUCCUUUGUGCUGGUGCUAUUAUCGACGAGCAUCACAUACUGAUUGCCGCGCAUUGCGUAAACGGCCUGCAGGCAGACAGCCUUGCUGUCUAUGUCGGAUCAAACAGAUUCAACACGACGGCAGCCAAGCUGGAGACGGUCGCGGCCAUUCAUACGCAUCCUCAGUGGGACCCGGAACGACUAGUAUACGAUAUCGCACUGCUUCAGUUACAGGAUGCCUUGUCCUUUGAUCGAUAUACGACAGGGCCCAUUUGUGUUCUUGACCAACCGAAGAGUCUAGACAACCAAAAAGCAGCUGCGGUGGCCUGGGAUUCGGCGACGGACGAAGGACAAGCUGUUUCAUCGCUUUUGCAAGCAACCUUUGAGACUCAUGACCUGGCAUCCUGCAGUGCUCGCCCUUCCGGCGGGCCACAAUUCUGUGCGUAUGCGAUGGAAACGGAGGAUUGUCAGCAAGAUUCCGGUGACCCUCUGUUAUUGUUGCGGGACCAAAGUACUCAGAGAUACUUUGCAAUUGGGGUAUCGUCCUACGGUCAAAGCUGUAGACAAUUCCCAGAGGUCGUCACUGAUGUCACUCAGCUCAGGCCGUGGAUGCAAAGUGUCUUGCAAGCUGAUGGCGGGAAGAUUUGCGGGUAA